AUGCUUUCCAGAGGUCUUCGGGCAGUCUCUCGACGGGCUGCGCCCAUCGCUCAGGCCGUCCGCCCAACUAUUAUCGCCCCUCGCCAGCUCGCCAUCGCCACGGCUCCCUCGGCUAAGCGCCUCUAUCACGAGAAGGUCUUGGACCACUACUCACGCCCCCGUAAUGUCGGUUCCAUGAACAAGAAGGAUCUCGAUGUCGGCACUGGACUUGUCGGCGCCCCAGCAUGCGGCGACGUGAUGAAGCUGCAGAUUCGGGUUGACCCCGAGACCAACAAGAUCUCCGAUGUCAAGUUCAAGACCUUCGGAUGCGGUUCCGCCAUCGCCAGCAGCAGCUACCUGACGGAGCUUGUCCGGGGCAUGAGCCUGGACGAUGCCAGCAAGGUCAAGAACACUGAGAUUGCCAAGGAGCUCUGCCUGCCACCUGUCAAGCUGCACUGCUCCAUGCUUGCGGAGGACGCCAUCAAGUCUGCCAUCUCUGACUACUACACCAAGAACCCAAAGGCCCGGUCGACCAACCUGGGCGGCACUGAGAUGAAGAUCCCCGUUGCCGAUGUCAUGCCGGAGGCCGCUGCCGCUUAA